AUGUUCUCCAUGCAGGGCAGUCUGGAGAUGUUCGCGGGUCUGGGUCUGACCCUCGGCCCCCCGGUGGGGGGGUGGUUCUACGAGUCCUUUGGGUAUGAGGUUCCCUUCAUGCUGCUGGGGGGGCUGCUGUUCCUCAUGGUGCCCUUCAACAUCCUGGUGCUGCCCAACAUCCAGUCUGAGCCGUCGAAGGACUCGUUCUUCGGCCUGCUGAGGAAGACGAAGAUCUCUCUGAUCUGCUUCGUCACCUUCACGAUCAGCUCCGGACUCGGGUUCCUCGACGCGGCGCUCUCUCUGUUCGCCAUCCAGACGUUCGGCCUCUCCUCAGGCUACGUGGGCCUCAUCAUGCUGGGGCUCUCCCUCCCGCACUGCCUCGCCUCCCCCCUGCUGGGACUCUUCACCGAUAAAUACCCUAGCAGCAGGCCGUGGCUCAUGGUUAUUGGUUGCGGGGCCACAGCACUCGGUUUCUUCCUGCUAGGCCCCGCCCCCAUCCUCCACAUCCCCAGUCAGCUGUGGCUCCUGGUCCUCAUGCUCUCUGUGAUUGGUUUCUCUCUGGAGAUGACGGCGAUCCCGACCUUCCCUGAGAUCAUCUCCAGUGCGUAUGAGCAGGGCUACGAGGAGGGGCUCAGCACGCUGGGGAUGGUCUCCGGACUCUUCGAGGCCUUCUGGUCUCUGGGGAUGUUCUCCGGCCCCAUCGUGGGGGGGCUGGUGACGCAGCACCUGAGCUUUGAAUGGGCGUCUGUCCUCCAGGGGGGGUCCGCCCUGCUGGCUGCUCUGCUGCUGGCUGUUUAUUACCUGAGACACCCCCCCUCCCAGAGAAUGGUUUCAGAAAGUCCAACGACCAGCGAGCACUCCCCUCUGCUCUCUGACUGAACAACAACAACAAACAACAUGUGUUUACUUUAUUUUUAAAUGCCUUUAAAUUAUAUAUUGUUGUUGCAGGGAUUUAAAUAAUUUCUAUAACACUAAGGU